AAGGAAAAUUUCACCAGAGAAAAAUAUUUGAAAUUUCAAAAUUUCCAAAACUGAUACUAUUAAUUUUGCCAUUAAAGGAAAAAUAGAAUUUGGCUAAAAAAAAAGGAAAAAAAAUAGAAAGAAAAUAAAAAUUACCCUAGCAAAAAAAAAAAAAAAAAAAAAGAAAGAAGAAGAAAAACCAAAUACGUUCCGAUCCAAUCCAAUGUGUGCACAAAAUCGGCAAAGUCAAUUUUGCCCUCCCUCGAUCGCCCGUGCCUCACUGUUUGACUAUUUGACUUUACAGCCCCAGAUCGGACUUCUCAGAAAUAUAUAACAAAUAUAUUAUUAUUUUUUUUUCUUUUUCUUUUUUAGAAACGAAAUAACAGUCCUACCUCCUUCGGGACAAGGAGGCGGCCAUGUGGAAGGGCAUUCUUCGUAAUUACUGUUAUAUUCGUGGGUGUUUAUAUUUCCAAUCCCUCAAUAAAUAAUCGCGAUAGGGCUUUCGUGGCGUUGAUCCAAACACAGCUUUUAGUCCCCGGUGUAUCAGAUUGGCUUGGAGAGAGAGAGAGAGAGAGAGGCGACGGAGGUGGUGGGGGACGACAAUAAAGGAAGACCGGCGAUUAUAAGCUCGGAGCGACGAGCCUUCCACUGACCGGCGACGAAUCCGACGGCCGACACAUCUGUGACUUUGAGGUCCCCGUUUUGAUCGUCGUUAAACGGAGCUUGUGGUAGUCUUAGGUGGAGAAAAAGGCAACGACGAGAAGAGAAGGAAGGCGGAAAGAGGAAGGAAAGAAUCUUCGCCGCGCGCGUGGUUCUGUUUAUAUCGAGGAUUUGAUUCGAAGUGGGCGUUUUAUUGGCGGGGGAGGCGUAGUCCAUUGAAGAGUAAUUGAUUCGGCGAACAAUCUAGAGCGGAGGACCGGGGCGGCGAUUUUGGUGGAUUUUGUGGGGUGGAAAAAAAAAACGGAGACGAUUACAGGUAUAGAAAACCCUAGUUUUUGAUUUUCUCUGCGCUUUGUUUCUGAGUCUUGUUUUUGAAGAUUUGCCUGCAUCCAUCUCUCCUCCGAUUUUGUCUACCGUUUUGGAAGCUGGAGACGGUGAAUCGUCUCGAGGGUUGGUGAAAUCGGAUGUCAGACGCGCCUAAGAUCCUUCGUGUGAACUGCCCAGAUGGCCAGAUCUACUGUCGGUGACAUGUCUGCGCUAUUUCAAACGAGAUUUGUGGAUUUUGACGGAUGGGCGCAAAGCCGUUUCUCGUCGGAGCGGUCGAUCUAUUGUUUGGAAAAAUCUUCGUCUAGUGAUUGUUUGGGUUUACCCGUGAGGCUAUCCGAGCGUUGAUCGCUUGUUCUUCAUGUUCCUCGGAAUUCCUUGGAAGCUUUGGUUGGUUUCUUUGGAUCUUUGUUCCACCGGAGACUUUUUACUGUUUGGAGUCGGAGACUUCUAGGGUUGAUUCACGCCAGGCUCGUUUUUGAAACCCGCCGCCUUGUUGCGACUUAUUUUUCCCAGGCGGCUUGAUUCCACAUCGGUACAGGAAUACACGAGUUUUGGAACUUCUGAUUUCGUUUCCUGGCUUUCAUCUCUGAAGAGCUCCUGGGGAUUUUUCUUCUUCUUCUUCUGAAUAGUAUUUAGAUGCACCCGAUUUGUGACCCUUCUCUUCAAAGAAUCCUGUUAGGACAAACAUAGCUGGGCCUUAAUUGCUGGUGUGUGGUACGGUACCUUGCAUGGAAGUUUCUUGAUUGAUGGCUCCACCUUUGGCUGGGGAUUCCAGUUGGAAAGUGUGGACGGAUGGUGCAGGCAAAUUGCUUCCUGUGGAGCAUCCCUAAGGCCUUUUCUGGCAGUGUCUGGUCACCUUCUUACAUUCAGAUCUAAGAUCUAUGUUUGUUGAAGCUGUUUGGUAUUGACCCUCGUUGUUUUUUCACUGAAAUGAGUUCUGUUGCGGAAGGUUGAUGCCAAGGCAGCUUGGUUUUGGGUUUUAACUACGUUGGUUUUUUGUUUAUGUGAUUCAAAUGGAGCUUUGCUUUCUUGUAUAGCUUCUAUCCCCACGUCUGUUUGUGCCAUCUGUAUCUCUGCAUCUUUUACCCCAUGUUGGUUCUGUAACUGAGCUGUUCGUUUCCUUUGCAGAGAGCAGGGUGGUGGCUGUACCAGCUGAUCUGCUUGAUCUCCCUAGCAAUUCAUCCCCUCUGAAGAGUCCAAACUUUGACAAGAUAGGGGGAAUUAAAUUGAAGGUGAGCUUUUGGUAUUUUGGUGUUUCUUCAGUAGUCUGGAAGCUUGUGUUUAUGUCUUGGUGGAUGUAGUAAUCUCUUGCUUAAUGGAUUUUCCUUUUGUUUCUUUGUAGACUCGGUUCUCCACUUGCACCGGGGCUAAGCCGUCUCCUCUGGUGUCAAGUUCUAAGCAAGGAGCACCUGCAUCUUGCAAGGAUUCCACCGGGAUAGCAUCUGUUGAUGGAACAGGGAUUAUAAGAUCUCCAAGCGCGAUGAGUACAAUUGGCUUGGAACUCAUGAACUAUAUAAACCCUGAUUUAACUUGGAAGACAGUAGCUAAAGGAUAUAGGAGCUCCUCAAGACGGACUAGGAAAAAUGUUCUCAGAAACUUUGCUGUUGGGGAGGAACUAGUACAUCAGGGAUUAAGAAAAGUUGAUGAAGGAACAGCUUCAGAUACUGAGAAGCACGGAGUGGCUAUUCUUGGGCGACGCUUUAGUGACAAAAUAGAGAAUAUUCCAUUGAAGAAGAGGAGGUUUAUGCAUCGAUCUAACACACCACCUCCUAGAUCACCUUUUGAAUUACCUGCUAAUGGAAAGAGGAGAGUCAGAGCAACUGUUGAUGGUAACAGGGGUGGUCCUGAAAGGAAGAGUACUAAAGUGAAGGAGACUGCCUUUGAUUUGGGUGAAGACUUCUCAGGCAUGGAGAUACUUGCAGCUGUGGCUUGUAGUAACAGCAUGAUUGGAGAUGUUGAUCUUGAUACAGAUAGGUCACUCUUGGAAAGUUUAACACAAGAUGGAACUGCCUUGUGCGCUUCGGAAGCACCAGCUGUUAAAAAUGUUUCAUCUUCUACAGAUACAGCAUGUGAUGAAACAGAUAUGGAAUCAUCUCUUUUGGGUAAUUCAGAAGGUGUUUUGCAGAGACCUCACAUCACCAAAGAAAUCGAAGUUGUGGAGGGAUCUGGAUCAGCACGUGAUGAUAGACUGCAUUGGGACUUGAACGUUCCUGAAGAUGCCUGGGAAAAACCUUGUGAUGCCUCUACUAUCGAGAGUCUUGCGAAAAAUUCUGAGUUCACGGUUGAAUCCAAGGAUAAUAUACACUCUUUUGCGAAACAUGUUACAGAAGAUGCCAAGGAAGAGCUGCCUCUUUGCCAUCUUGAAGCUAGUAGUGGACAGAAUGGUUUCAAAAGCUGUGUUGAGCUUGAUGAAAAUAGCAAAGGGCAGAUUUCUGUUUCAGCUGUUAAUGAGCACUUGGUUUAUGAAGUUGCAGAUGUUAAAGGGUCCUCUAAGAUCUCUGAGGUGAUCAGUUCUCUUGGGUAUUUGGAUACUGUUAAGAGUUCUGGGAAGGAUGGCGAUGCUUCCACCUCUCCAGGUUCUCUUGAUCUAGAGAAGCCUGCUCAUGAGAGUGAUGCAGGUUUCAUUGAAGAUGGGCAAGAUACUGGGGCUGGGAUUUCCGUUAGCAAUGAGGCGGCUGGUUAUGAUGACAGUUAUGGCUCUGAUGUCUAUCAAACAGAAAAGGUUGAGAUGGGUGGUGCUGGAAGCAACAAUGAGCUUCAGGCUGGUUAUGAUUCUCAGUUUGAGGACGGGGAAUUGAGAGAAUCUGACGCCCGUUACUACUGGGAUGAGAACAACGAAGGUGAGGAUGGAGAGGUUGAGCAUGUGGACUAUGGUUCUGAGUGUGGCGACGAGGAGAUGCUCGGAUCGAUGCAUGAGAAAGAGGUGGAAUUCGUGAGAGGAGGAUCCACCCCAGGUUCUUAUGAUAGAAAAGUCGAUUGUAGUAGGAAAGCAGAUAUUACUCAUGAUGAUUCUGUGAGCCCGAAAAGCAGAGUCUUGGAUGUGCCUCUUGAGAAAAGUUUAGCCACUGGACUUGCUGCAACAAGAACACUCCAGGGUCAUUUUGCAUCAUGUGCUGAGGGGCCAGAUGCUAGGAAAAAUCCUUACUCCAGGAGCAGGUCGGAGAAUUGUCGCAACGUAUUCCCUAGAGACGAGAGGGAUAAUAUGGGUGGACCAAGAAGAUACAUGGGGAGGGAAAGAGUUGGCAUGCACAUGCGUGGCAGAAGUCCUGGCCGUUGUGCUGGAAAUCCGUCAACCAGUUCCUGGAAUUUCGAACGGCGCUACUCACCAACUCGUCCUUCGUAUUUGCCUGGUCGUCCUAGAAACAACAUUGAUGGCCGCAGAUAUAUGAUGUCAUCGGACAGGAACAUGGAUUCCGACGGAGGGGGUUACUUUGACAAUCGUCUCAACAGGCAGUUCGUGAACUCUCCCCCAAAUGGUGUCUAUGAACAACGCAUCAUGAGGAGGAGAUCACCGAGCAACAGACAUGACUCUGCUUAUAUGAACGCGAGGAUGCUGCCUAUGAGAGAUAUGAGUCCUGCAAGGGACAGGUUUCGGAGGUUCACUCCAGGUGGAGGUAGGGGAGGAGGCAUCAGGGAUGAGUUCAGGAGGCCCUUGCCCGAGGAUUCUGCAGAGUAUCCUAACCGCAUCGGACAACAUCGUCCGUCGUUGAAGAGGGAUAGAGGCAUUUCUCCACUCCCCCGACACCUCUCUCGACGGCCACACAUGGCAAUGCCGUACAGGAGACCUUCGCGGUCGAGAUCCAGGUCACGAUCCCCUCCAAUCUAUAUGCAGCGAAGGGAGCAACAACGCAAUGAUGGUGGUGGUUCAGUGCUGCGCAGUAGGUCCCCCGAUGGGAUGAGAGCGAGACUGCCGUUCCAGAAGCGUUUUCCAGCCAAGUACGAAGACCGGUUCACCUCCCCGACGCGAAACCACUUCUCUAACCGCUGCGACGUGAGGUCGUUCGAUGACCGGGGCGUGGACGGGUUCAGGGGAGGUGGUGGAAGGAAAUUGCCACCGGCGAGGAUGUACAGGCCGCAGCAGCAGCAGCAAGGGAACAACCGGUUCGAUCCCCAGCGCUCCUUCGAUUUCAGACCUGCUAGGAAGUUCCGUGACGGGGUAGAUUCGAACAGGGUGAACGGCGGUGCUGCUGCCGAGUACGAGGGGAGUGACGACGAAAGGAGCAAGAGGAAUCACAGAUUCGAGAUGUCUCGGCCAAGACGGUAUGAUACGGAGGAAGGCGCUCGCCCAAUGAGGCCGUUCAGAUGGAAUGCCACCGGUGACGAUUUGCUCGAGGCUGCCAACGGUUCUUCUUCCAACUUCGACAAUGGAGGCGGCAACAACGUCGACAGCCGGGGGAAUGAUAAUAAUAAUGAUGUAAUUAGGAGAGCAGCGGCGGCAGCAGCGGUGGAAGAGUAGUAGGCAGCGGGCAGCCGUCGUGUCGGAGCAUAAAACUUAAGGAAUCUGCAACUUUUUUAUAAAAUGGAGGAAUGGCGGGAGGAGGAGAGGGAGCUGGUGGAGUUUGGCUGAAGGUCGCGGGAGCAACUUGUUUCUGCUAUAUCAUCGUCCCAUUGGGUUCGGUAACAUUCCUUUUUAGUUUAGAACAUAGGAGUUUUUUCCCCCUUUUUAUUUUCCUUGAAAAUGUCGUUUUUUUUUUCUAUUUCUAUUUUCUUCUUGUUAGUCUUAUUUUCAAAGGGGCCAGUUUUGGGCAGGAAGCAUCUCAAUUCCUUUGUUUUUCUCUCUCCAGGAUGGUGGGUGCUUCUAGAUUUUGGCAGUCCACCAUUUUCUUUAUUUCUUCCCUUUUCGUUAAUUAAUUAAUUUCCCCCAUCUCUCUCUCUCUCGUUAAUUUUAUCCCUAUAGUCUCAAUCUUCUUGUUGUCGGCCGCUUCAAUUCCUUUUUCUCUCUCGUUGAAUUCAUCUGCGUGUCUGUGGUAUUGUGUUGGUGGUCUGAUAGGAGAACUUCAUACCGGAGUUGAAUCUCAGGCGAUUUGUAGAGUGUGAAAUAGAUGGAUCAUAGAUAAAUCGCGAUUUCGGCA